CUCAGCAGCAGCAGAAGAAGAAGGUCUCAACGUCUCAAUAGAAAACCAAUGGGUGACGUCACGCAGGCUUCAAAAUGGGUACCCCAGUGAAAGACGUGGUCAUUAAGCCUGACGCUCCCAACACACUGCUCCUGGACAAACACGCAGAUUACAUCGCUGCCUAUGGCUCCAAAAAGGAUGAUUAUGAGUACACACUAUCAGAGUACCUGAGGAUGAGCGGCAUCUACUGGGGGCUGACGGUGAUGGACCUGAUGGGCCACCUGCCCAGGAUGAACCAGCAGGAGAUCAUAGACUUCAUCAAAGCCUGUCAGCACGAGUGUGGAGGCAUCAGUGCCAGUAUUGGUCAUGACCCCCACCUGUUGUACACCCUCAGCGCCGUGCAGAUCCUGUGUUUGUAUGACAGCGUGGACGCAAUUGACCUGGACAAGGUGCUGGAAUACGUCAAAGGGCUGCAGCAGGACGACGGCUCGUUUGCAGGAGACAAAUGGGGAGAGAUCGACACGAGGUUUUCCUUCUGCGCGGUGGCUACCCUCGCCUUACUGGGGAAGCUGGACACCAUAAAUGUGGACAAAGCUGUGGAGUUUGUCUUGUCCUGUAUGAACUUUGAUGGAGGUUUUGGCUGUAGACCUGGAUCAGAGUCUCACGCUGGACAGAUUUACUGUUGCACCGGCUUCCUGUCUCUGACGGGUCAGCUGCACCAGGUCAACGCCGACCUGCUCGGUUGGUGGCUCUGCGAGAGACAGCUGCCCUCCGGAGGCCUCAACGGACGCCCGGAGAAGCUUCCAGAUGUCUGUUACUCCUGGUGGGUUUUGGCAUCGUUGAAAAUCAUCGGCAGGAUCCACUGGAUCGACAAGGCCAAGCUGCGCUCCUUCAUUCUGGCCUGCCAGGACGAGGAGACGGGAGGCUUCGCGGACAGGCCGGGAGACAUGGUGGAUCCGUUUCACACGCUGUUCGGCGUAGCGGGUCUCUCGCUGCUGGGCGACGAUCAGAUCAAAGCGGUGAACCCGGUGCUGUGUAUGCCUGAGGACGUGCUGCAGCGGAUCCGACUCCAACCAGAACUCCUCAGCUAGCUGGAGGCAGACCGGAGCACUGAUCAGCUUCUGCACACACGGACUCGUCUCACAUCUCCACCAUCUGCACUGUAACCACCGCGCUGCAGAGCGGGCGAGCGGC